AUGCACAGCAGGUCCCGGGAGGCCACGCUGAUCCCGGAUAUCAAGGCCUACACAAGGGACAACCGCGAGCGAUCUGUCUUCCGACUAGUUAUGGCAACCCCCUGCCCACCUACGUACCCACUACCCGCCGGGGUAUGCCGCCGGCCACCGCUGUUGGCCGACAUUAACCGGGCCGAUUGUGUCUGCCCGACCGCCAAGCAAGUCGCCGCCCUCGCUGUGGACAUGGCGGAUGCUUAA